CCUGUGAUCAGAAAAAAAACCCCAAAGAAUCUCUACACCUAUGUGCAUAUACCGAAUUUUACCCCAGGGAUGAGCAAUGGAACAGCCGUUCAGGCACAGCUACGAUGGCGGGGAAAAAAAUUAGGUAAACCUAAACACGGUUCCAAGCAUCUUUGUAACAAUAUGUAA